AUGAACAAUCUUCAACUAACUGCUUUGUUCCUGCUAGCAAAUCAAAAUAUAUCUCAACAUGAUGGUAGUUGGCUGCAAUUUGAUGGGGAGAACACUUUAAGAGUGCUUGAGCUACAAGAUACCAAAAUCAAAAAGUUACCAGAUGAAGUGGGAAGCCUAAUACACCUCACGUUUCUUGGCUUGAAAAGCACGGAUAUAAAUGAACUUCCAGAGGGGCUAGGCAGAUUAGAAGCCCUGCAAACUUUGGAUAUUAGAUGGUGUGGGGAUUUAACAGGCUUGUCAGCUGAGAUACUAAAUCUUGUAAGGUUGAGGCACCUCAAGAUGUUCAAGAACAAAUGCAUUUCUGGGAUGAAGCUACCGGCAGGAAUAGGAAGACUCACAGAUCUUCUGACCCUGACAGGUAUACACGCUGGUGGUGGCACUGCAGCUGAAGUAGGUAACCUGACAGGGCUCAGAAGACUAGGAGUGAUGGAUGUGGACGAGGAGAAUGUCAUUGAGCUAUUUGCCUCCAUUAUGAAGAUGCAAGGCCUUCUUUCCUUGUGUUUAGAAGCAAAACACACAUUCCCUCAGGGACAACUUAUUCUCCUGGAGUCCUUCUCACCUCCACCAUUUCUUCAAAAGCUUCACCUCAAAGGCAUCCUAGAAAAGCCGCCUGCUUGGUUUGGUUCCUUGGAAAGGCUCACAAACUUAAGAUUAGGCUUCUCCCAUUUGUCUGAGAACCCAUCAUUGGUACUUCAAGUCCUACCCAACUUGAAAAACUUAACCCUUUGGCAGGCUUAUGAUGCAAAGCAAAUAGGGAAAGAGUUCUGUAGUACUGGUGGGUUUUCCAAGCUCGAGGUUCUCAUCAUUGCUUCUCGUGUUCUUGAGGAGUUGACAGAACUUGAAGAGGGAGCACUACCUAGCUUGAAGUCUGCAAUCCCUCACCACACUGAAGCAGUUGCAUUUGCUGCCUCUGCUGGAUGA